AUUCCUCGAAGCGAAAGCUGCGGCGUCGGUGUUCUCCUCCUCGCCCUCCCCCUCUUUCUUCCUUCGCGUAAUUCCCUCUCCCCGUUGCAAAGAUGAAUGUGGAGAAGCUUAUGAAGAUGGCUGGUGCUGUUCGCACUGGUGGAAAGGGCAGUAUGCGCAGGAAGAAGAAGGCAGUUCACAAGACUACAACAACAGAUGACAAAAGGCUGCAGAGCACACUGAAAAGAAUAGGCGUUAAUGUCAUUCCUGCUAUAGAAGAAGUGAAUAUUUUUAAGGAUGAUCUCGUUAUUCAGUUCGUUAAUCCGAAGGUCCAAGCUUCCAUUGCAGCCAAUACAUGGGUUGUCAGUGGCUCUCCUCAGACAAAAAAACUUCAGGAUGUGCUACCUGGGAUCAUUAACCAACUUGGCCCUGAUAACUUAGAGAACCUGAAGAGGCUUGCAGAACACUUGCAGAAACAUGCACCUGGCACUGGUGCCGCUGCCAAACAGGAUAAUGAUAAUGAUGAUGAUGAUGAUGUCCCAGAACUGGUGCCUGGGGAGACAUUUGAAGCAGCUGCGGACGAAAAUCAAGCUUCAUAGAGAAUAUAUUCACCCAGAUAAAUUCUGGCUCCUUUCACGCUGUUGUUUUCUCAUUUUGGAUCAUCUGGAUGGAAGUAGAUUGUGCCAUUUAUGUUAAGUGGAGUACGAAAAAAGCAAAUCGUCAUUCGUUGCUUCAAUAGAAUGAUGGACAAAUACUUAUUUUUGGAUUGCACGCAUGAUAUGCACCUGGGCCAGUUUAUGAAUUGCCCAGAGGCAUUAUAAACCUGUCUUAUUGAUUACCAA